UCCCACUUGCGCCCGUUGACAUCAUAUACUCUCUCGCUCUCUCACUCUUUCUUUCGAGCACACUAAGACUCUCUCUCUCUACUAACAAAAUUAAUCUCUGGCGAUGCAAGGACUGCGACGUUGCUCGAACGACGCCGUCAGUCUCGACCUCAGCCCUCCUCCUCCCACCGCCACCUCCUCUUCUUCUUCUUUAUCCUUCGACGCCGUUGAAUCUGUCGAGACACGAAUCCAACGUCUUAUAUCAGAGCAUCCGGUCAUCAUAUUCUCUCGAUCUUCGUGCUGCAUGUGCCACGUCAUGAAGAAGUUGCUCGCGACCAUCGGUGUUCACCCCACUGUCAUCGAGUUAGAUGACCAUGAGAUCUCUGCUCUUCCUCCUCCACCUCCCUCUCAUGAUAACGACGAUGCGGCCCCUCGCAAUCUUGCUCCCGCCGUCUUCAUUGGCGGAACCUGCGUUGGAGGCCUCGAGUCACUCGUCGCUCUCCACCUCAGCGGCCACCUCGUCCCAAAGCUCGUCGAAGUUGGAGCUCUGUGGGUAUGAUAUUCCAUAUCAUCAUCAUCAUCAUAAACUAUUAAUGAAAAAGCCGAAUUGAAAUAUGUGAUUUCAAUGUUAGAUUUGGGGUUUCUCUAAGACUGUUACUGUUAGUGAACAUAAGAUUAGCUAAGGUAGCUAGGGCAGGAAAUAAUUUUUCUGUUUAAUUAUGAUUAUUAUUAUUAAGCUGUUCACUGUUUGAUGGUCAGAAUACUGAAAGAAAGAGAGAUGAACCCAUUUAAUUAGCAUAUGAAAGUCUGUGAUUAUGCUUCAGGUUUGAUAAAAAUUAUGUGAUUGUUUAUCUA